UCAAUCCAUCACUUGAGUGGUUAAGCAUCAAGAAUCAAUAUAAAUAAGAGUUUACAUAAAUGAAAAUCAAUAACCAUUAUAUGCAUGAUAAUUUCUUUAUCAUUGAACAAAACCUGUUACAUUAUGCAAGCAAUAAAAAAGCUGGCUCAUUUGUUCAAAGCUUGUUCUCUUCCUCUAUAAACAAAUUACAUGUUUUCAGUUUUCACCCUCUUACAAUUCAAAAACAGAUAACCCUUUUUUUUUCUUAGCAUAAGCAAUGUCUUUAAGCUUAAGUACUCUAUCACUUUCUCACAAAAUCUUCUCCCUAACCUUGCUUCUUCUCUCAAUAAACUUUAUUUUCUUUUUUCCAUGUUGUAACUCUCUUGAUGAACAAGGACAAGCUCUUAUUACAUGGAAGGAAAGUUUGAACAUGAAUUCAGAUGCAUUAGCAUCAUGGAAUCUUUCAAACCAAACACCAUGCAACUGGUUUGGUGUGCACUGCAACUUACAAGGAGAGGUGGUUGAGAUAAACUUGAAGUCAUUGAACUUGCAAGGCUCAUUGCCAUCAACUUUUCAACCACUCAUGUCCUUGAAAGUUCUUAUCCUCUCAUCAAAUAACAUCACAGGAACAAUUCCAAAAGAAAUUGGAGACUGUCAAGAACUCAUUGUCAUUGAUCUCAGUGAAAAUUCUCUCUUUGGUGAAAUCCCAGAAGAAAUUUGCAGGCUAAGCAAGCUGCAAAGUUUGGCUCUUCAUGCAAACUCUCUUGAAGGAAAUAUUCCAUUCAAGAUAGGAAAUUUAUCAAGUCUUGUGAACUUGACACUCUAUGACAAUAAAUUGAGUGGUGAAAUUCCAAAGAGUAUUGGUUUUUUAAGUAAGCUUCAAAUAUUGAGAGCAGGAGGGAAUACAAAUCUUCAAGGUGAGAUUCCAAGGGAGAUUGGAAACUGCACCAACUUGGUCACGUUAGGCCUUGCGGAAACCGGCAUUUCCGGUAGCCUUCCUUCUUCAAUAGGGAUGUUGAAAAGAAUUCAGACAAUAGCUAUUUACACAACUCAGAUGUCAGGCUCUAUACCUGAAGAGAUAGGUAAUUGCAGUGAAUUGCAACACCUGUACUUGUAUCAGAACUCAAUUUCUGGUUCAAUUCCACAUCAAAUUGGAGAACUCAGCAGGAUUCAGAGUCUACUUUUAUGGAAAAACAAUUUAACAGGGAGAAUACCAGAAGAGCUUGGAAAAUGUAAAGAGCUCAGUGAGAUAGACUUGUCAGAGAAUCUUCUCACAGGUAGUAUACCAAUCAGUUUUGGAAAGCUAUCAAAUAUACAAGUACUUCAGCUGAGUAAUAAUCAGUUGUCAGGUAUUAUACCACCCGAAAUUUCAAACUGCACUUCUCUGACUGAGCUGGAACUUGACAACAAUGCUAUUUCUGGUGAGAUUCCUUCUGUUAUUGGAAAAUUGAGAAGCUUAACCCUUUUCUAUGCAUGGAAGAACAAACUAACAGGAAAAGUCCCAAGUAGUCUUUCAGAGUGUCAAGAUCUUCAGGAACUUGAUCUUUCAUACAACAAGUUAACUGGUUCUAUACCGAAACAACUAUUUCAGUUGAGGAAUCUCACUCAACUUAUGCUUCUUUCCAAUGAUUUGUCAGGAUUAAUUCCACCUGAUAUAGGUAACUGCACAAGUCUCAACAGGUUGAGGUUAAAUCAGAAUAGAUUUGUUGGUACCAUUCCAUCUGAGAUUGCCAACUUGAAGAAUUUGUGUUUUUUGGACAUGAACAACAAUCAUCUUGUAGGGGAGAUUCCAUCUCAGUUCUCUGGUCUUAGCAAACUUGGAGUGAUUGAUCUCUCACACAACAAGCUCUCGGGGAAUUUAGACGCUCUUUCUAAACUUCAGAAUCUUGUUUCUUUAAAUGUUUCCUUCAAUGAAUUCUCUGGUGAAUUGCCUAACACCACACUCUUCUGGAAACUCCCUCUCAGUGAUCUCACUGGAAAUAAAGGUCUUCACAUUCCAGAUGGUAUUGUAACUUCAGCUAACAGAACAAGAACCAAAGGUCAUGCCAGAAUAUCAAUGAAUGUUGUGUUCUUCAUUCUCUUAUGCAUCAGUGUAGUACUAACACUUCUCAUAAUCUAUGUCAUGGUUCGCGUUCUUAUUAUGAACGAUUGGGUGAUGACUUUGUAUUACCAUUAUGAAUUCUCUAUUAAUAACAUUGUCAAGAAACUCAAAGAAUCCAAUAUAAUUGAAGACGGAAGCUCUGGAGUUCUGUACAAGGUAACAAUUCCAAAAGGCCAUAUACUAGCAGUUAAAAGGGUUUGGUCAUCAGCAGAUUCUGGAGCGUUUAACUCUGAAAUUCAAAUGUUACGUUCAAUCAAACAUAAGAAUAUCAUCAAGCUUCUUGGUUGGGGAUCCAACAAGAAAAUGAUGCUGCAGUUUUAUGAAUACUUCCCUAGUCUGAGCUCAUUGCUUCAUGGUUCAAAAAAGGGGAAACUAGAAUGGGACACCAGAUAUGAAGCCAUCUUAGGCCUGGCUCAAGCACUUUCAUAUCUACACCAUGAUUGUGUGCCUUCUAUAUUGCAUGGAGAUGUCAAAACAACAAAUGUUUUAUUAGGUCCUGGCUGGCAUCCUUACCUUGCUGAUUUUGGCAUGGCUAGAUUUGCAAGUGAAAAAGGCAAUAAGACUAAUUCCAAGCCAUUUCAAAGACCCUCCUACUCCAAUAGUUCCUAUGGAUACAUAGAUCCUGAGCUCGACUCAAAGCAGAAGAUCAAUGAGAAAACAGAUGUGUACAGUUUCGGUGUUGUCCUACUUGAGGUGCUGACAGGAAGGCACCCAUUAGACCCAACUCUGCCAGAAGGUACACACUUGGUUCAGUGGGUUAACAAUCAUUUGGCUAGCAACGGAGACCCAUCUAAAGUUCUUGACUCAAAGCUGAGAAAGACUACUGAGCCUACUACUAUGCAUGAAAUACUACAAACUCUAGCUGUGUCAUUACUAUGUGUCAAUACAAGAGCUUAUGAACGUCCAACAAUGAAGGACGCUCUUGCAAUGCUCAACCAAAUUCGAUAUUUUGUUGAGCCCUCAAGGAUGGAGGAUUCUGAUGUAUUGAAGGAAUUUUCAAUAGACCAAAGAGAGUGUGUAGCUUCACAUGUACCUUAUAUCUCUUGCUUCAAUUUCUCAAUCUGUUGAAUGACUAUGCAAGUUGUAGAGAACCCAUGAUUGUGAAUGGUGAAAUGGAAUGACAGUUAGAGCAGGUCAGAAUUAGUAGUUACCCACAUGUAAUCUUAGAUAUAAAAUGUAAAUUUCAAGUAUCCAUAAUAAAAUGCAUUCUGGUGCCUUUUACUCAAGUUUUAAGUCUAAUUGGUUUCUCAUCAAUGUGACAUAAAGGAUCUCCUUGGCCAA